UACCACUCACUCCCAGUUUUGGGACACUUUCAUUCUCAGACAAGAUCUACCAAAAACAUCCCCUUUUUAUCUUCCCACUUUAGUGAGCAACUUUUUGCCCUUCCCCUCAAAAAGAUUUAGUACUAUAUGAUUGUCUUUUCUGGAAAUGUUUCUUCUUUUUGUAAUGGUUUUGUACCUUUUUGAUCUGGUUGGAGGUUCAGACAGUCUUCUUUCUCCAAAGGGUGUUAACUAUGAAGUUGCUGCAUUGAUGUCAAUUAAGAACAAGAUAAUUGAUGAUAAGUACCAUGUUCUUAAUGGGUGGGAUAUAAAUUCUGUUGAUCCUUGCACUUGGAAUAUGGUUGCUUGCUCUACUAAGGGUUUUGUUACCUCUCUUGAUAUGGCUAGUAUGGGCUUGUCAGGAACCUUAUCUCCUAGUAUUGGAAAUUUGACUCACCUACGCGCAGUUUCAAUGCAGAACAAUCAAUUGUUCGGCCCCAUUCCAUAUGAGAUUGGGAAACUUCAAGAGCUUCAAACUCUCGAUCUCUCAGGUAACCAGUUUAGUGGUGAGAUUCCUGAGUCGAUUGGUUACCUCGGCCAACUCAGUUACUUGAAGCUAAGUAAAAAUAAACUGUCUGGACAGGUUCCUGAACUCGUAGCAAAUCUUACAGGUCUUUCAUUCUUGGAUUUGUCAUUUAACAAUCUUACUGGCCCGACACCAAGAAUACAUGCGAAAGCAUACAGCGUAACAGGGAACACUUUUCUUUGCUCUUCAUCAUCUCCCGAAAUUUGCAUGGAUGGAGUGAAGCCUGUAAAUAAUGACACGAGUAUUUCGAAGGCAAGCCAUCACCGUCGAUGGGAAGUCCCAGUCGCUGUUGGCUUUGGCUGUGCAGUUGUGGUACUUAUAUUGCUGGUAAUUGGAUUGGUUUGCUAUUACAAGUCCCAUCUUCUGACGACAUCAUAUGUGCAGCAAGAUUAUGAAUUCAGUAUAGGUCAUGUGAAGAGAUUCUCAUUUCGAGAACUGCAAGUAGCUACAAGAAACUUCAAUCCCAAAAACAUACUCGGACAGGGUGGUUUUGGAGUUGUCUAUAAAGGGUGUUUACCGAACAAAACGAUGGUGGCUGUCAAAAGACUGAAAGACCCCAGUUUCACUGGUGAAGUGCAGUUUCAAACUGAAGUAGAGAUGAUCGGUUUAGCUUUACAUCGGAAUCUUCUACGUCUAUAUGGGUUUUGUAUGACACCUAAUGAGAGACUGCUCGUGUAUCCCUACAUGCCAAAUGGGAGUGUUGCGGAUCGGCUUAGAGACCCAAAUAGGGAAAGGCCUACUCUAGAUUGGAAUAAGCGCUUGCAUAUCGCGCUGGGGGCUGCCCGUGGACUUGUAUACUUGCAUGAGCAGUGCAAUCCCAAAAUUAUUCAUCGGGAUGUAAAGGCUGCUAACAUCUUGCUUGAUGAGAGUUUUGAAGCUGUUGUGGGUGAUUUUGGCCUCGCAAAACUCUUGGACAGCCGGGAAUCUCAUGUUACUACUGCUGUGCGCGGAACUGUUGGUCAUAUUGCGCCCGAGUAUCUUUCUACUGGGCAAUCCUCGGAGAAAACUGAUGUUUUUGGGUUCGGUGUAUUACUUUUAGAACUCAUUACAGGGCAAAAAACAAUAGAUGCCGGUAAAGGUCAAGCUCAAAAGGGAAUGAAGCUUGAUUGGGUGAAGGCGCUGUAUCAAGAAAAGAAGCUGGACAUGCUGAUAGAUCGAGAUUUGAAGGGCUGUUUCAACUGUGACGAGCUAGAGAAACUUGUCGAAUUGGCUCUUCGUUGUACUCAAGCUAAUCCAAGCUUGAGGCAAAAAAUGUCAGAAGUUAUGAAGGUUUUAGAAGAUAUUACAGGGUCGUCUGCGCCCGUAGAAGAGUUGCAUGCCAGAAGCUCUCUUUUCUCUAGGAAUUAUAGUGAUGUUCAUGGUGAUGAAGAACAUUCCUUUGUAUUCGAAGAUAUGGAAUUGUCUGGGCCAAGAUGAUUCCAUAAUGUAAUUAUUCAUCUGGCUGUCAAAAGAUUUUGUGAAUUAUUUGUUUAGCAAGUUAUUGUCUAUAUGGAAGUAACAUUUUUUGUUGGUUUUAUGGCUUAGUAGAAUGGUAGUUGAGAUGUUUUUAUAUGCACAACAGGUUAGGAUCAGAGCUUAGUUAAGGUGUUUUAGUAUAUGACAUCUUGAGUCAAUUUUUCAAAGAGCCUUCACGGUCGAUCCCAAUCUUUUGGGAUUUCGCAAGAAGCACCUUUUUUGGCGAUCUUUCUUGAGUCGAGACACUCUUUGGCCGUAUCGUCCUCAUGGGUAUGGGUUGCCGACUACUUGCCGUCUUCCUUCCCUUUCCAAAUCUUGCUCAUAGAAAUCCUAUAAGCAGAAUAUUUUAGGUAUGAUGAUGAUGAUACCGCUGCGGCGCUGCGCUUAGACAUUGUUGUUGUUGUUCAUGCUCCUUCAUGUAGCGGAUUACCCGUUAAAAGCCCGCCCCACCUUUUUAAAAUUAACCUGACCCGUUAAAAAACUAAAAGGCUUGACCCUUUUAAGGUGGGCCUGGUCGUGGGCUUUUAGCAGGAACCCAGCCCAUUAAGCACCACUACUUACGACGAAUCUAAGUUGCAGAAAAUUCAAAGCGACAGUUGAAGUAAAUAGUACUCCUAAAUGGCAUGCACUACAAAGGAUUAUACUACCAAUAAAUAAUGAGGAUCAU